AUGACUUCUUGGCUCCAAAUCCCUACAGGGAGCCACUUCGGCCUCUCAAACAUCCCUUUCGGCAUAAUCACCACGCCCGCCUAUCCUUCCCCGCACCCCGCCAUUGCAAUUGGAGCUCACGCUCUCGAUUUGCACAUCUUUACCCUCUCCGGCGGUUUCACUGCGCUCCCUGAGUUCACAUCAAGCCACGUCUUUACCUCCCACAGUACGCUUAACGAAUUCGCAGCGCUUGGCCGUCCUGCUCACCGCCUCGUGCGGGAGUAUCUCCAGUCUGUACUUGCGGAGGAUACACCGCAUCCGGAGGUGCUAAAGGACAACGAAGCUCUCCAGAAGUCAUGUCUCUUUUUACUGGAUGAUGUGACAAUGCACCUCCCGCUGCAGAUUGGUGACUACACCGACUUCUAUGCCGGCCGCCAUCACGCCUUCAACGUCGGCACGCUGUUCCGUGGGCCCGCCAAUGCGCUGCAGCCAAACUAUGAGCAUAUGCCGAUCGGAUAUCAUGGGCGCGCCUCUUCUGUUGUUGUUUCUGGGACUCCUGUAGUGCGACCGCGUGGACAGGUAUUGGAGAAGCCUGGUGGAGCGCCAGUAGUGAAGCCGUGUGGAAAACUAGACUUUGAACUGGAGCUUGGGGCGUUUUUGUGUAGGGACAGUACUAUGGGAGAAAGUGUGGAGGUGGGGGAAGCUGCGGAAUGGUUGUUUGGUGUGGUGCUGUUGAAUGAUUGGUCCGCACGAGAUGUUCAGGCAUGGGAGUAUGUCCCACUUGGCCCGUUCACGAGCAAGUCUUUUGCGACGUCAAUAUCGCCUUGGGUAGUUCUGAUGGAUGCACUUGAGCCGUUCCGCACCGCACCGUUGCAGAGAUCGGAUGGGGCUGCGCUACUGAGCCAGUAUCUGCAGGAGGCCGAGAAAAACAGCGUGUAUGACAUUAAUCUCGAGAUUUUAUUAAACACACCUAAGGGGAGUACAUACACAAUCAGCAAAACUUCUUCCCGAAACCUCCUCUACUCUUUCCCACAGAUGAUUGCGCACCACACCAUCACUGGUUGUCCAAUGCGUACUGGGGACCUUCUAGGAACUGGGACCAUCUCUGGUACGGAGCGGGAAUCUCUAGGGAGCUUGUUAGAGGCAAGUCGGAAUGGGGCAGAGGCUGUCGUACUAGGCGACGGGAAUGAUGGAGAGAAGGUAGAGAGGUGUUGGUUGGAAGAUGGAGAUGAAGUUAUCCUAAAAGGUGUCUGUGGGGAAGGUGUGGGGUUUGGAGAGGUUAGAGGCGUAGUGAGGCCUGCGAGGAGUUAA